AUGAGAUUUAGAGAUCUCCGUGUCUUUAAUGAUGCGCUACUUGGGAGGAAAGCUUGGCGGCUUGUGCAUAAAGAGGAGUCCCUGCUAAUUAAGGUUAUGAAGGAAAAAUACUACCCAAAUUGCUCUUUUCUUGAUGCGGCUCUUGGGUAUAAAGGCAGCUAUUCUUGGCAAAGUGUAUGGAGUGAAAAAUCUUUGGUGAAAGAAGGGGUGAUUUGGAGGAUUGGGACGGGUUCCACUGUUAAUAUAUGGAACGAUGCUUGGCUAGUGGAUGAACAAGGCAGGUUUGUUACAUCGAGCGAGAGUAGUUCUUUUUCUCAUGUUAGUGAGCUUAUUAAUUUUGAUAGUAUGGAAUGGAAUACUGAAUUGAUCUCUAAACACUUCAAUGAGAGAGAUCAAAAAUGUAUUUUAUCGAUUCCUUUAAGUUUGAAGGCACCUAAGGAUACUCUCACAAAAGCUUUUUCGAACAAUGGGUUGUAUUCUACUAAGACAACUUACAUGCUUGGGAAGGGAUGUAAUUUUGAUGACUUUCAUCAAGUGUGGAUGUAUAUUUGGAGCUUGGAGGUUUCACCUAAGGAAUUAUGGGAAGACAGUGGCUGCUUGUCUUUGAUUGAUGCGAAUUUGAUGAAUGAUCCAUGUGAAUUCCUGGCUAGUUGGAAGAAAAGGAAUGUGAAGUUGCAGCAAUGUGCGAUCUUCCUUGCUUGGUGUAUUUGGGGGGAGAGAAAUCACAAGGUUUUCAAUGAUAAAACUACCCUAAACCAUGUUCUUUUGGCACGAGCUAAUAGAUUGAUUGAGGAAUAUGGCUUGUAUAGCAAGAAGGUACAUGUGGUCUUUGGGGAGAAGCGGCCUCGCAGCAGCAAGUCAUGGAAACCUCCUCCUGAGGGAGUUAUCAAGAUCAAUGCCGACGCUUCUCUUGCAGAAGAAGGCUAG